GGACGGCCAGGUCGGGCGGGGGCCGGGCGCGCUCGCGCUCCCUCCGGGGCCGCCACCCUGCGUCCGCCGGCUGCAGAUGGGCGCCCGGGGCGUCGAAGAUGCGGGCGGGCCGGGGCGAGACGCCGGCGCCGGCCAGGGAGCUCUUCCGGGACGCCGCCUUCCCCGCCUCGGACUCCUCGCUCUUCUCCAACCUGUCCACGCCGCUGGCCCAGUUCCGGGAGGACAUCACGUGGCGGCGGCCCCAGGAAAUUUGUGCUGCACCCCGGCUGUUUCCAGACGAGCCGUGGGAAGGGCAGGUGAAGCAGGGGCUGCUGGGGGACUGCUGGUUCCUGUGUGCCUGCGCUGCGCUGCAGAAGGGCAGGCACCUCCUGGACCAGGUCAUCCCGCCAGGACAGCCCAGCUGGUCCGACCAGACGUACCGGGGCUCCUUCACCUGCCGAGUCUGGCAGUUUGGACACUGGGUGGAGGUGACCACAGAUGACCGCCUGCCGUGCCUUGCAGGAAGACUCUGCUUCUCCCGCUGCCAGAGGGAGGAUGUGUUCUGGCUGCCCUUGUUGGAAAAGGUCUACGCCAAGGUCCAUGGCUCCUACGAGCACCUGUGGGCAGGGCAGGUGGCGGAUGCCCUGGUGGACCUAACUGGGGGCCUGGCAGAAAGGUGGAACCUGAAGGACUUGGCGGGAAGCAGCGGCCAGCGGGACAGGCCCGGGGGCCAGGAGCACAGGUCUUGCCACCAGCUGCUCCACCUGAAGGACCAGUGUCUGAUCAGCUGCUCGGUGCUCAGCCCCAGGGCAGGUGCCAGGGAGCUGGGGGAGUUUCAUGCCUUCCUUGUCUCGGAUCUGCGGGAGCUCCGGGCCCAGGACGGCCAGGGCAUCCUCCUGCUGCGGAUCCAGAACCCCUGGGGCCGGCGGUGCUGGCAGGGGCUCUGGAGAGAGGGGGGUGAAGGCUGGAGCCGGGUGGACCCAGCGGAAGAGUCUGAGCUCCUGUCCCAGCUCCAGGAAGGGGAAUUCUGGGUGGAGGAGGAAGAGUUCCUGAGGGAGUUUGACGAGGUCACUAUUGGCUACCCAGUCACAGAGACCGGCCACCUGCAGAGUCUCUACACAGGAAAGGUGCUCUGCCACACGCGGGCCCUGCCUGGGGCCUGGGUCAAGGGGCAGUCGGCAGGAGGCUGCCGGAACAACAGCGGCUUUCCCAGCAACCCCAAGUUCUGGCUGCGGGUCUCAGAACCGAGCGAGGUGUUCGUUGCCGUCCUGCAAAGACCCAGGAUGUGCAGGGCAGACGGGGCAGGCCGGGCCCGGGCGCUGGUGGGUGACGACCGGACCUCAUGGAGCCCCGCGAGCUUCCCGGGCAAGGACUACCAGGCCGUGGGCCUGCACAUCUGGAAGGUGGAGAAGCGGCGGGUCAGCCUGCCCAGGGUCCUGUCCGCACCCCCCGUGGCCGGCACCGCGUGCCACGCGUAUGACCGGGAGGUGCACCUGCACUGUGAGCUCGCCCCGGGCUACUACCUGGCCGUGCCCAGCACCUUCCUGAAGGACGUGCCGGGGCAGUUCCUGCUCCGGGUCUUCUCCACCGGGCGGGUGUCCCUCAGCGCCGUCAGGGCCGCGUCAAAGAGCGCCGGCCCCGGGGCAGCCCUGCCCGCCGGGGAGUGGGGCACCGUGCAGCUGCAGGGCUGCUGGCAAGCUGGCCAGACGGCAGGGGGCAGCAGGAACUUUGCCUCCUACCCGACCAACCCCUGCCUCCCCUUCUCCGUCCCUGAGGGCCCUGGCCCACGCUGCGUCCGCGUCACUCUGCGUCAGCACUGCCAGCCCAGGGGCAGCGAGUUCCACCCCAUCGGCUUCCACAUCUUCCAGGCAAGCUCCUCGCCCGGGGAGGGGUCGGGGAGCCCCAGGGGAUUUGCAUCUUGGUCCAUGUUGUCCUGGCUUAGUCAUUUGGGCGCAUCAGCCAGACUGGCUGGUCACGUAGACUCAUCUUUAGGUUUCCCAAAGUCCGUGUUCACCGGGGUCAGCCCAGGCAGCCCUGUCCACCCGCUCUGGCUCAGAAUGACUGUCUCGGGUCCAUUCUCGCAGGACCCAGGGCUCUGCCGGCUGCUUUGGUGGCUGUGGCCCCAGGAAGCUACUGCAGGGAGGUCCCACCUGCGUCCCGCCCUGUGGAAUGGUCACACACCCUGGAGCCCUCCGGGCACAGCACCUCUUCCCGUGCCUGUGUCACUGAGUGCUAGGCGCGGAGGGGAGGACUGAGCGGGUUGGGGGGUGCCUGCUGGGAGCCGGGAAGAAGCCGUGGCCUGGUUCAUGGUGGGGAGGGCACUUCAGGUGCCCAGAAGAGCGUGUGGCCUGCGCACGGUGACUGCCCCGCGGCAGCAGCCUGCUGGGCGGGGCUGCUGAAUGGACAGGCAGGGAGGGUUUGCAGGCCAGACACAAACCAGGUGGGCAAGGAGAUCUGGAGGGAGCGCCCGGCCACCCCGAGGUGGGUCUGGAGCUGGCAGCUGGGGCUGUAGGAGUCUGCAGGUGGGCUCAGCCACGCCAGCAGGGGCUUGGGUCUCAGACAGCAGGCAAGAAGGACAACAGUGCCACUCCAGCCCAGGGUCACCUACAGAAGGGGGUGGGAGAGCGGGAAGGAGAGGCCGCCUGUGGAGACCUCGUGAUGGGAACCUUGAUGGCCGAGGAGUGGCCCCUCUGCCAGGUGUACCUGCCGGGGAGAGGAGCUCGUGCAGGUGGGUGGGUCAGCGCGUAGCCGCACCAAGGCAUCUUCCCCGGCCUGCCCUGCCCUGUCGGUCCCUGGCGACCAGGCAAAGACCCUCAGCAGAUCCUCCUUGCUCCAGGCCACCAGUACCCGGGGCCAAGGAGUGGCAGGGUUUUUAAAUAAAGCCCCCUGGCGAUCUGACGCUGCCAGGCCCACCGAUGGCGCUGUCGUGAGAGUGCUGGGGCCUUGGUGAGGAGGUGGUCCCUCCUCUAGAAGGCGAGUGACUCAGGGGCUGAGGGCAUCCAAGCAGCUGGCACGAGCUGCCAACGGAACCCCAGGCCGUGCACCCUCCACUGGGGCAGUGAGGAAGGGGAGCGGCCUCUGGGCUGUGUGUGCCCCAUCCCACGCAGGCCCCCCAUGUGCGCCUGUGCCUGUCCCAGGUGCCUGCGGGGGGUGAGAGCCCGGGUGCG